AUGAACGCUUUCGUUGUUGUACUCGCAGCCCUCGUGGCUUGCGUUCACGCUGGAGGCUACGGCGGUGGCUACGGCGGUGGCCACGGUCAUGGAUACGUCGGACCCGCCAAGGUAACCGCCGGACACGUGGGAGCCGGCCACCCUGUGAAGAAGCCCGUUGCCACCCUGGUCGUCGUGAAGCAGCCAGUCGUAAAGCAACACUUCGUCACCAAGCCUGUCGUCAACUACGUCAAGGCCCCAGUCACUUCCGUCAGUCACCGCGUCGCUCCAGUUGUAGAGUACCACGGUGCCGGUGGCCUUAACGCUGGCGCUGGACUCGCCGCUGGGGCUGCCCUAGGCACUGAAGCCGCCCUGCGCGCCGGAACCACUGGAUUCGGUCUUGGCGGAUUCGGCGGUGGUCUCGGAGGCGGAUUCGGCGGUGGUCUCGGAGGUGGAUACGGAGGUGGCUACGGAGGCGGCUACGGCGGCGGCUACGGAGGCGGCUACGGAGGUGGCUACGGAGGUGGCUACGGUCUGAAGGGUGGUUUCGGUGGCGGCUACGGUCUUUCCGGAGGCUAUGGCGGUCUUGGCUAUGGCAAGGGAUGGUAG